GUGAAUAAUGUCAUAUGAACGAUUCACAGGAGUGGCUUAUUGUAAAUCCUCGCAUCCUAUUGGACAUCCCGGCCAUCAUUUAUGAUGGAGAAUCCCUAUCCUGGAGCGCAAGCUGUGUGGUUUGGCUUCAAUAGGUCUCCACCCGAGAGUAUGGCGGUUGGAGACGCUGUGAGAUGUGGAUGCGGGGAUAUUUUAAGGCAGAAUGGAUCAAAUAAUGCGCCAAGUCGGUAAUUUGCGUAUUAUGUGCUAAAACGCACUGGCGUCUCCAAAUAAUCUUUGCUUAACGCCUUGCGCCGCCGCCUUUACAGAAUGCAAGGCUUUAUUACAACCUAAAAAGUCCUUUCACAAGAUUUUCAAAGCAGAUGUUGGGAAGCUACAACAGUAAGUUGUAAAUGCGCCGGUGGAUGUUGCGCCAUGAAGCUCUUUGUGCGCUUUUGUUAUUUAUCUCUCUGGUGAGCGUUUCGACACAGCCAGCCAUGGCUCAGUCUCUCCUUGACUUCUGCGAUAUUCAAUCCAAGUUUGCCGUUGCAUUUGGACGCUGGUAGCUGGUUCAGUCAAACGCGCGCAGUACGUCGGUUGCGGGUCGGUGCGCAAUGCGCGAGUAUAAGGUGGUGGUUCUCGGCAGCGGUGGGGUCGGGAAGUCCGCCCUCACGGUUCAGUUCGUGACCGGGACCUUCAUCGAGAAGUACGACCCGACCAUUGAAGACUUCUACCGCAAGGAGAUCGAGGUGGAUUCGUCCCCGUCCGUGUUGGAGAUCCUGGACACCGCAGGCACAGAGCAGUUCGCGUCUAUGCGGGAUCUUUACAUAAAGAACGGCCAAGGUUUCAUCCUGGUGUACAGUUUGGUCAACCAGCAGAGCUUCCAAGAUAUAAAGCCCAUGCGAGAUCAGAUCAUCAGAGUAAAGAGGUAUGAACGUGUGCCGGUGAUAUUAGUGGGAAAUAAAGUGGACCUGGACAACGAGCGCGAGGUUUCGUCGAAUGAAGGCCAGGCUCUUGCUGAAGAAUGGGGUUGUCCUUUCAUGGAGACCUCAGCCAAGAGUAAGACCAUGGUGGAUGAACUGUUCUCAGAGAUCGUUCGACAGAUGGACUACGCUUCUCAGCCUGAUAAAGAAGACCCGUGCUGUUCCUCCUGCAAUAUACAAUAACCCACCGACCGCGGUGUGGAUUCAGCAUUAUACGUUGUCUUAUAUACUCUUUCUACUGUAUGAAAAAAACAGUGAUCACGAACACACACACACACACAUGUAGCUGAUGUGUUUUUCUGUUUCAAAAAUAGUUGCAUUUCAGAUUUGCAUUUAGGAUCAUCUCUGCUGUCUGCAACUUUAUAAAAAAGGAGAAAAAAGAUCAUAAAAGGUUAUAAAGAAAAUGCAACAAAAAGAUGCAGAGUUUCUUUCACCUUAACACUUUUUAGAGCUGUUUGCUUUUCUCUUGCUGUUUAGUUUGCACAUACAGAACCUGAUGUCUUAAACUGCCAUUAGAAAAAUGACCCAGAUUUGUUCUUCCAAACGGCCGCUGUCAUGUAACCCACGGCGAAGAUGAAGUUUCCUCCGUUCACGAGUGGAUUGAUUUGUGUGCGGGUGACUUGUUUCAAUGACCGGACGCUUUAGUGAUGUGCGUUUGAGGAAACCAAAUAGUUUGCAGCACUUUGCUUUGUACUCUUGUGUUUCUUUUCAUUUCUUGAAAAUAUCAGCUGUGAUUUUUGGAAAUCGCAGCUCAGUACAGAAUGUUGCAGAUAUUGAAUGGUGUAUUUUGAUAAUGUAGUAAAACAAUCAACUAAAGAUUUGCUUUAGGAUAGACUUUUCUUCAGCUGGGAGGAGGAAUUGUUUUGAAUCUCAUGAUCAUUGGCACUUUCCACAGAUGGGACAUAAACCGGUGUCUUUAUAAAGCAAUAAAUACACAAAUAAGCCUAUAUCUUCUGUUUGAUUUUUCAUAUUUAAGUCCAAUUUUAUGUUUAUCUGUAUUUAGACCAAAUUUGUGUAACAGGGUUGCGUGAAUAUAAAAUCCACCCUGUUUGUGGAAAGUGCUUCUUCACAUCUGACUGUAUUUGUGUGAUUUUUAUUGAAUGAUAUUUUAAAACAGGAAUCUUCUGAAUGCUUUGAGCUUCAUAGUUGUACAAACACGCAAGAAGUAGUCGCUUUUUAGCCAAAUGACAAAAUUGUUUUUAUUACAUCUUACUCAGGAGUUACAGGCCACCAAAUCAGUUUUUAUUGUUUUAUCCUUCUUAUUCUUGUCUUUGGUAUUACAGCAAUUCUUACUCCAACCAUCAUGUCUGUGACUCUUUAGGUUCACAAUGAGUUCAUCCGGAAAUGUAUAAAAAAUUGUAUAGGUAAAAAUCAAGAUGGUUGUGUGUAGUUUAAUAAACAAGGCCAUCUUGCAGUGUUGAUUUAGCAGACAAUAUGCAUGGCUACAACCUUAUUGUGAAAUGAAAUAGACACAAAACACAUGAAGACUUCUCUGGAUGAUCAUUUAUGGGUGACUCUGCCUUGCCAUGCAGACCUUCGGUUUGCCUUUUUAACUUUCGUCAUUGAUCUUAUAUUUUUUUAAGUGACAUUUACCCUCUUCCUCGCGGUAAAUGGUUUGUGGAUAUGGUUUCAUUUCGACACGACAAUAAAGAAUCUUAUUCACAAAUCUA